AUGCUCCCUACACCUCCCCCAUCACCCACCCUCCGUCGCUGUGCGCCAGAGGACCGAUUAGGAUUGCUCCUGGCCAACCGGCUGGAGCUCACCAGCAUCCUGGGUGUCGGAGCCUAUGGAGUGGUCUACACUGCCGUGGACAUCCACACCAACGUCCUAUACGCCGUCAAGGCCCUCAACAAGGCUGGCCUGGAUCCCCGCCAGCUCAAGUUCCAGCAACACGAGAUCAAACUGCACCACCUGGCCAGCGCACACCCCAAUGUGGUUUCCCUGGUCCGCAUCAUGGAUUCCGUGGAUUGCACCUACGUCGUCAUGGAGUUCUGCCCGGAGGGAGACCUGUUCUCCAGCAUCACCGACAAAGGGAACUUUGUCGGCAACGACCCCUUGGUCAAGCGGGUAUUCCUCCAGCUACUGGACGCCGUGCAGUUCUGCCAUAACAUGGGGAUCUACCACCGGGAUCUCAAGCCAGAAAAUGUGCUGGUAACUGACCAAGGAAUGACGGUCAAGCUCGCCGACUUUGGCCUCGCCACCACGGAUUACUUUACCUCGGAUUUCGGAUGCGGUUCUACAUUUUACAUGUCGCCAGAAUGCCAACAGUCCAACCCGCGCCCGAUGUCAUGCUAUGCCUCUGCUGCCAACGACGUCUGGAGCCUGGGCGUUAUGCUGGUCAACCUGACCUGCGGUCGCAACCCAUGGAAGCGCGCCUCAAUGGAAGAUGCCACCUUCCGGGCUUACCUCAAGGACCCCUUCUUCCUCAAGUCCAUACUGCCCUUGUCCACGGAGAUGGUCUGCAUCCUGAGCCGUAUCUUUGAAUGCGACCCCAGUAAGCGGAUUACCAUUGCCGAGCUGCGCCAGCUCAUUGUGGAUUGCCCGCGCUUCACGGAGAACCCCAUGGCCCCUUGGGUGUCGAACCCGACUGCUGCCCCGACCGACUUCCUCACUCAGCCCCAGAUGCCAUAUACCGGCCCUGUGGACCAGCCCCUGGAUGCUCAGCCCUCGUCUGCUUCUUCCUCGGACUCGUCGCACUACUCUGCCUUCUCCGAGUCUGCUGUGUCUGAUACAUCCGCCCUCACCGAGGACUAUUCGGAUAUGGGCAGUGUGUGGGCCGAGCCAUCGGAGCAGGUGCCGGACUGCAAGAUGGGUUUCGCGCCACUGCCCUUCUGCAUCGAACCCCCCGUUCCUAUUGCGGAUACUCUGACAGGGCAACCCAUCCUGGUCUGCUGA